CGCCGAUGAUUGAUACCGCCAUCCAUAGAUCCGCUUGACAAUUGAUGCGCUCGUCUUGCGGCCGUCAUGGUCAUCCUGUCACGUCGUUCAGGGAAGAUUUUGCCUCUCGGAUUUCGCUAAUUUCCACUCGUCUCCCGUCCGUCCACCCGCAGCCGCCGUCGGGCCAGCUGUUCGACGCGCUUCCUCCGGCUGAGCACAGCAGCAGAGGCGAUGGCAUUGCGUUGGACGGCGUCUGUGUUUCUGUGUUGCGGGGUCUGUUCAGAUCUGUAUUAGCCGACUCUCUGUAUUUUCGACAUUUACGGCGGAUUGGUCCUGGAGCGACAACUUACCCUCCGCUCUGAUUAUGGAAAGAGAUUCCAGGUUUGAAGACCUCUGAUCCUAUUGGCUCCAAGGCCAACCAGGUGGCCAAUCAGGCAGCAGCCAGCCUCACUGAGGAGGGAGACCCACGGUGAGGUCAGGAGACCCCACCACCCCCCACCACUCGCCCACCCACCCACACUGCUGCUUCACCCCGAGCUGCCCCGCUGUCACCACCAUGUCUACACCCAGCGGCAGCCCAGAGAGAGAGGGCUGUGUUGGAGCUCCUCCUCAGCUGGACUGCCACUCCUCACCCCCCGGCCUGGACCCAGACCCUCCCUCCACCGGGAGCCCGGUGCUCAGCCCAGACUCGUCUUCCCACGAUGCAGUGCUGUCUGCACCAGCGGCCUCUCCGGCAGACUCAGAGAACCUGAGCCCUGAUGAACUGGAGCUGCUGGCCAAACUGGAGGAGCAGAACAGGUUGCUGGAGGCCGAUUCCAAGUCCAUGCGGUCGAUGAGCGGCUCGCGGCGCAACAGCGGCUCGUCGCUGGUGUCCAGCUCCUCGGCCUCCUCCAACCUGUCCCACCUGGAGGAGGACACCUGGAUCCUCUGGGGUCGUAUCGUCAACGAGUGGGAGGAGUGGAGACGCAAGAAGGACAAACUUCUGAAGGAGUUGAUCAGGAAGGGCAUCCCUCACCAUUUCCGGGCCAUCGUGUGGCAGCUGCUGGGCAACGCCACCGACAUGCCGGUGAAGAACCAAUACUCCGAGCUGCUGAAGAUGUCGUCCCCCUGCGAGAAGCUCAUCCGCAGAGACAUUGCGCGCACCUACCCCGAGCACGAGUUCUUCAAAGGCCAGGACAGCCUGGGCCAGGAGGUGCUCUUCAACGUCAUGAAGGCGUACUCUCUAGUGGAUCGGGAGGUGGGCUAUUGCCAAGGCAGCGCAUUCAUUGUCGGCUUGCUGCUUAUGCAGAUGCCAGAAGAGGAGGCGUUCUGUGUGUUUGUGCGUCUGAUGCAGGAGUACCGUCUGAGGGAGCUGUUCAAGCCCAGCAUGGCUGAGCUGGGCCUCUGUAUCUACCAGUUUGAAUAUCUACUACAGGAGCAGCUUCCCGAGCUCAACGUCCAUUUCCGGUCCCAGAGUUUCCACACAUCCAUGUACGCCUCCUCCUGGUUCCUCACCCUCUUCCUCACGUUCCUCCCUCUGCCCGUCGCUACACGCAUCUUCGAUAUUUUUAUGUAUGAGGGCCUAGAGAUUAUCUUCCGUGUGGGCAUGGCCAUCCUGCAGUACAACCAGACUGACCUCAUUCAGCUGGACAUGGAGGGCAUGUCGCAGCACUUCCAGAAGGUGAUCCCCCACCAGUUUGACAGCUGCCCAGACAAGCUGAUCCUCAGGGCCUACCAGGUCAAAUACAAUCCCAAGAGGAUGAAGAAGCUUGAGAAAGAAUACACCACAAUCAAGAACAAAGAAAUGGAGGAGCAAAUCGAAAUUAAGAGGUUACGCACAGAGAACCGGCUGCUGAAGCAGAGGAUUGAGACGUUGGAGAAAGAGAGUGCUGCUCUGGCAGACAGGCUGAUACAGGGUCAGGUAACGAGGGCACAGGAAGCAGAGGAGAACUAUGUGAUCAAACGGGAGCUGGCGGUGGUUAGGCAGCAGUGCAACACAGCCAGCGAGAGCCUUGAGAAAGCACAGGACACCAUCAGAGAGCUGCAGCAGCAGAAGUACACGGAGCAGUUUGUGAGCAGCCUGCAGACCCAGCUGGAGCAGUCCAGACUGCAGGAGGCCGAGCUGCUGGGGGCGCUGAAGGAAAUGCAAGACAAGGUGCUGGACCUGGAGAAGAGGAGCAGCUGCCUGCCUGAUGAGAACAACAUGGCAGCUCUGCAAGAGGAAGUGAAGCAGAUGAAGCUGAGGGAGCUGGAGAUGCUGCGCUCCUUCAGAGAGAUGCAGGAUACUGUCACUGAGCUCAACCAGCGCUGGCAGCACCACAUGUCCCGGGGUGGCAGCACUGGCGGCGGGGGCGGCCACUGGAAGGAGUCUCCAAAGAAGAACGCCAUGAACGAGCUGCAGGACAAACUGAUGACGGUGCGACUGCGAGAGGCGCAGGCCCAGGCCGAGCUGCGGGAGGUCAAACUCAAAGCCCUGCAGCUUGAAAGCCAGAACCAGAUCCACAGCAAGCUGAUUGGCCGCCACGAGCAAGAACGCUCUGCCCUCCAGGAUCGGCUCCAGAUGCUAGCCAAUCAGAACAAAGCUCUCCAGGCCCAGCUCAACGAGAUGAAGAGGAAGCAGGCCGAGUCCGACUGCAAGAGUAAAGAAGAGGUGAUGGCGGUGCGGUUGAGGGAAGCUGACAGUAUGGCUGCCAUGGCCGAACUCAGGCAGAAGAUUGCUGAAUUAGAGAUACAGAAGGAGGAAGGGCUGAUCCAGGGCCAGCUGAACCACUCGGACUCCAGACAGUACAUCAACCAGCUCCGAGACCAGAUCGCUGAGCUCAAAAACGAGAUCAGGCAGUUGCGAGGGCAGCGGUUGGCUCCCGGCUCCAGGGUCGGCAGUGUAGGUGGAAGCAGUAACUACCAGGACCUCUGCCUUGCCAGUCCUGCCUCGGCCGAGGGCGACUACCUGAGCUCAGACGACGACCUCCUCCCCAGCCCGCUGCCCGCCAACGCCCUUUACCCGGCCCUGCCCGGCCCGUGUCACCCCUCUGCGCGUCUGGACAGCGAGGGCAGCACGGAUAGCGAGGCUGAGGAGCGGGUGCGGACACACCCGGACCCGCAGCAGCUGUACAGCAGCAUGGUGUGUGCUGAGGCGCUGGAAAACUGAGAACUGGAGAGUGUGUGUGCUCGUGUGUGAGUGAGUGUGUGUUAAGGAUUCCUUUGGAUUUCUUUGACCUAAAGAGACGCUGGAACUGCACAGGACAGGACUCCUGCUACUACAAACAGGGACUGUAUAUUCCAGUCCUGUCCUCCUCCCUCUCCUCUCCAGUGUUUUCCUCCAACCUGACGCAGACAUAACAUCAUUGACUGGUCACUUCCUGUUACAUUCUGCUCCUCCGUUUUCCACCCGCCACCGUCUGACCCUGUAUUCCCCGAGAAAGGGAUCAAGUCAAAACUCCUCCCCUCCUCUCCUCUCCAUUUAUAAGACCACAACAAGUGACAGACACAGUCCAUCACCAGGCACAUCCAUCCAUACACAAACAGACCAAUAAAUGAAAAGGACUGAAACCAGACCAGCAUGGCUGUUUGUCUCUCAAGAUGGAGUACUGGGUCUGACACUGUGACUAUAAGGUUCCUGCAGACUCGGUGAAGGAGAUGAAGGAUGAGGAAUGGGUAGAGGGAUGGAUGAAGAAUUAUUUGCUUUGAAACCCCCACCACCCACCCCUCCUAAAACUGUUCAGUAAAAGACAUUAUCAGCAUUAUCAGUCACGAUAUGCCCCGUCUACCCUUAUAUAUCUCUUCUACUAGAGCAAAGAAUCUGAUUGGUUCAGAGGUGACAUCUCUUUUUCUCUUCCUUUCCCUUUCUCCACCUCUCCUUCUCCUUUCGUUCAUCUAGGAAGGCUCACUAGCCAUCUGCACUGCCUUCAGAAUAAAAAAAAAGAAAUCCUCCAUCACCCAUCCAUUCACCUCUCAGUAGAAAGAAAGGAGUGAGAGAAGGAGAGGUGCGGUGUAUGAACUUGUACUCAUCAAUAUCAUAGGGAUGUCACAAGAUGGCAUUCAUAAAUGAAUAAUUAACACUUUACCAUACUUAAUAUGUGUGUUGUCUGUGUCCAUGCCUUGGAAAUGACAAAAAGGCAAGCAAGUUAUUACGAUGGCUCAUGUCAAAAAAAAUCCACCAUAACCCAUAAAAAAAGGAAAGAAGAAACUCAAUGUUGCCAAAUCUUUGUUUUUUUGUUUUAUUAUUUAUAUGUUGUAAUUUAUUUUGAUAGUUCUUUUUUUAUUUUUUAUAUAUCUGUAUGAAAAUAGAAGUUAUAGACAUACCAACAGAGGCCAAACUUUCUACAUUGGUUGAGUUCCCACCGUCCUAUGUGCCAACUAGAGCCCUGAGGCUGUUGUUACAGGGUUACUGUGAUGAUGCGUGUCUGACAGACGGAAAAUGUGCUGCUAUGAUUUUGAUUUUUACUUCUUCCGUUUUGCUUUUUCCGUUGUUUUUAUGUUCUCGGUGUGAUGCAGACGUGCAUCCUCUCUGCAGCCCUGCCAUAGAUUUGUUUGACAAGUGCUGUGCAAACUGAUCAAGUCUGAAAUCUGAGCAAAUGAACUCGAUGACCUUAGCUUGAGUGUGAUGCCUCCUCCCUUGAGCUUGUCAACUUUUAUUUUUAUCUCGCUCGAGUUGGUAUCCGUGAGCCAUGUUGACAAAGGCGGUCAGAAUAAAAGUGCUGAACUGAAAUCGCCAAUUAGGCCACUCACAAGUGAUCAUAUCGUUGCGGUGAAACUGAUCGGAGUAACACUGCAGCAUGUUUUGUAAUAUGGGCCAAUGAAAGUGAAAGGAGACUGUAUCAAUCUCUUGAGGAUGCCAACCUAAGGCUGUGGUUAUGACUGGUGUGUGUGGAGGAAAAUAUUUUACAUAUCAAACAUCAAUACAGAAAGAAGGAGUUAAGUGUAUGGAAAAGUAUACAGAGGCAUAAAGCGUGGCAGGGAAUGAAGACAUAAAUAUAUAGAUGCAUAUAUAGCUAUAUCACUGUCAGUGGAGGAUUACUGAAACUGUACAGCGGAUGAGUCUGAGUGUGUGUAGAUUAUCAAACAGGGUGUCAUAUUUACAAAACCGUUAUCUCUGCUGUUUGCACUACAGAGAAAAUCUCUCUGAGAUCUUCUGUUGACAUUAAAGGAACACUUCACCUAAAAUACAAAAAAAGAUAUUUCUCUUUUUAGCCUCAGUGCUGUGUAUUCAGGAAAUAGCUCCUAAAGAAACUCUUUACCACUGAAGUGGCUGUAGAUUGUAAUAGGUAUCUUUGUCGCCGUUUUUUGAAAGAGCUGUUGCUGCUGAGUUUUUCACAUGUAUAUUUUUGAUGGUUUGGGCUCCUUAAAAUAAUGCACAUCCACCCUCAUAGUAGUACUGGGGUGCCGAAAGACAGGGAAGGCUGUCACAGAAUGGAAAUCUGGGCAAAUCACGCAGAAAUUAUCCCGAUGUAAAGGGUGGUGCACAGAGGCGAAGUGGGGAAAUACAGUCCUUUGUUGUAUUUUGGGUGAACUGUACCUUUAAGCAGUAAGGGAGAGUGUGGAUAAAUGAAGUGGCUCCAUUUUGAGAUGUUUCUUGGGAUUUGACCGUUCAGAUGAGUGUGUCAGAGAGACCUUGACAGUAUGUAGUCAGUGUACUGACGGUGUGCUCAUCCAACAUGACUUAGUAUUGUGCUUCAUUUUCCUUUUAGGCCGAUGUUGGAGGAGCUGUCAGAGGGCCUGUUCACAGCCUCGCAGUGCUAACAUCUUCUUUAAUGUGGGGCCCGGCUUCUGUUGCACCACACAAAUGAAAGAUUGGUGAGGGAGUGAUUUAUUGCCAACUGCCAAGAAAUAAGGAAACUAGAUUCUUCCAGUAAAGGCCACCAACAAACCAAAGAGGAUGUUGGUUUUGCCCACUGUAGUAUUACAAAUAACUUCUUCUCAGCGGUCACCCACUUUUUAGUGCAACAACUGAAAUCUUUAGGCGGGAGUCAGUACUAGUUUGUCGUCAUGAUCAAAAGAGUUCUGCAAGAAAUGGUUAAAUCAAUGUUGGUUCAGCGUUGAGUGGAUAAAGAAGGUGAAUCUAAAGUCAGAUUUGCUUUUAUUGACUUGACUGACAGGUAAUCUGGAUUAGACACUGAGAUUUAAGCCCAUGCCUGACCAAAACUAAUACAAUCUGAUGGUUUUGCAUGAUGUCUGGUGUAUCUCUUCAAAGAAUAGCUCGUCAAAAAUAUUGCUGAUUAAUGGUAAAUAAAAUCGAGUGUUAGUCUUGCUUCUCUCUGCAAAAAGAUAUUAAUCUCUGAAACAGUGGAAGGCUUUCAUUCGUGUCAGGCUGGGUUUCAAUUUCCAUCUCCAAGACAAGCUCUAAUCUGGAUGUAGAUCAGCGCUCUGUCACUCAACUCGUGACCCAACACGACUGUACACUGCUGUUCAGUGAUGGUGCUCAGUACUAGCCACUGUCUAAAUACCAACUGUAUCAACUGUGACUAAACAUUUUGAUAUGCUUGUAAAUUACUUUUGAAUAUGGUACUAGUUCUCAUCUUUAUUGUUGUUUUUAUGAUUACCAUCUACACUCAGUUUCCACCCGCAAAUAGGACUAGAUGAGAUGAUAAUGAUACUUAUAAUGUGCCAUAAAGAGUAGGUAGAUUUACACACUAUGCUACAUGACGACAUGUAAGUCUAAAUGGGGGUUUCCAUCCACAAGUCAGCCUUUUUACACCCCUUCAUUAAACAGCUGAGUAAUUUAAAGUGAGGUAUAUCAUUUUUACCCUUGCGUGGAUUUAAAGCCCAUCAUACUACGUUGCUCCAGUUUUGUCAUCUUGAAACUUGAACACCCACUGCAGAUAGUCUGCCGUUUUCUCCCCGACGUAAAGUGGGAAAUGAGACGAUACAGUGCAAAAUAACGAGAGUCCCCCCCCUGCAGACAGUGUCCAUCCUGAUUAGUCCGCUGUAGGAUUUCUCUGAUAUACAAUACUGUAUGUGACGGCCGUUUUGAUAUCCACAACAUCAUUGCCCCAGAACCUUGUCCACUCUCUCUUGCAAUUCUACUGAUGUUGUUGUCAAGUAUAUACAAUGACAGUAAAGAUUAUAUAAAUUACAAUAUGAUGGAGAAAAAAAAAAAAACAUUUCAGUGUUCUGUAUCCAAUGAAUGAUACAAAAUAAACUUUGACACUGCACCUUCGCAGAGGCCCA